GAUUCUCCAUCUGGCUAUUAUUCACGAAAAAAAAUCCUUAAGUUUGGAAAUCGUUCACCAAGCAGGACGGGAUGCUUCUUUCUUGAAUUUCCAGAACAAUCUCAACCAGACUCCACUUCAUUUGGCGGCAAUCACAGAUCAGCCUGAAAUUGCUGAGUCUCUUCUGAAAGCAGGCUGUGAUGCAGAAAUCAGAGAUUUCCGAGGAAACACACCGCUGCACAUUGCUUGUAAACAAGGGUCGCUCAGAGGAGUUAAUGUUCUUAUACAGUAUUGCCAGAAGCCCCAACUCCAUUCUCUUCUACAAGCAGCAAACUACAGCGGCCACACGUGUCUCCACCUGGCUUCUAUUCAAGGAUACUUGGCCAUUGUAGAACGUCUUCUGUCCUUGGGAGCAGAUGUCAAUGCUCAGGAGCCAUGCAAUGGUAGGACUGCCUUGCAUUUGGCCGUAGAUUUGCAGAAUGAAGGACUGGUUUCCCUUUUGUUGAAGCAUGGAGCAGAUGUGAACAAAGUAACCUACCAGGGCUAUUCUCCAUACCAGCUCACAUGGGGAAGAAAUAACUCCUUCAUACAGGAACAGUUGAGACAAUUUACCACACUGGAUUUGCAGAUGCUAUCAGAGAGUGAAGAUGAAGAAAGCUGUGAAUCAGAAUUGGAAUAUACGGAAGAUGAAGUAAGUUGUGUGCAGCUAGAAUUCCCCAAUAAUUUUCACAUAUUUUUCUAUGAGGCAAGAAGUAUGAAAAUGCAUUGNAGUUACAUACUUCAAGAAUAUAAAAGUCUUGUGUUUUCCCCCAUUGAAAGGGUGGACGGCUCCAUGUUUGAGGUCCUGCCUCAGUCUGCCGAUUUGCCUGGCCUGCAGCACUGCCGGCUCUGUGCAGACCGCUGGAAACCAUGUAUCUGCAGCUACGCCUUGAACAUUGAGUGGUAUCCCUGCAUGCUGAAGUACUGCAAGAGCCGGGAUGUGGCUGGAAAGGCGACCUCUUACAAGUGUGGCAUCCGCAGCUGCCAGAAGGCCUACAGCUUUGAUUACUACGUGCCCCAGAAGCAGCUGUGCCUGUGGGAUGAAGAGACUUAG